GGCUCUCCUCAUCCAUGGAGGAUCGCGAACCGUGACGCCACGCCAGAAGCAGAACCAGGUGAGCAAAAUCCAAAUGACGCCAUGCCAGAACGCCUGCCCCUUCGCCUCGCCCUCCACGCCCGCCGCCCUCGUCCCCGACCCGCGCCACUACCUCGCUCUGCUGGACGAGCGCUGCGCCACCAUGAAGGACCUCCAGAUCCUCCACGCUCAGCUCGUCAAGACGGGCCUCUCGUGCCGCACGCUCCCCGCGAGCCGCGCGCUGGCCUUCUGCGCCGCCUCCCCGGCCGGCGACAUCGAGUACGCCCGGAGGCUCUUCAGCCGGACCCAAAGGCCCAAUCUUUUCAUGUGGAACACCAUGAUCAGAGGGCUUUCCCAGAGCUCCACCCCGCAAGACGCCAUCUUUCUGUUCAUCGACAUGCUCGUGGGUUCGCCGAUCGAGCCGCAGAGGCUGACUUAUCCUUCGGUUUUCAAGGCUUAUGCUCAGCUGGGGCUAGCUCGCUCGGGAGCUCAGCUGCACGGGAGGAUUAAGAAGCUGGGUCUGCAAGACGAUCCGUUUAUACAGAACACCGUCAUUCACAUGUAUGCCAAUUGUGGGUUCUUGGAAGAAGCUCGCCUGGUGUUUGAUGAAAGUACGGAGCGUGACGUGGUUGCUUGGAAUUCCAUGAUCAUGGGCCUCGCCAAGUGUGGGGAAAUCGAUGAGUCUCGGAGGUUGUUCGACCAGGCGCCGCUGAGGAAUGCGAUUACUUGGAGUUCGAUGAUUAGUGGAUAUGUUAGAAAUGGGAGGUUUGUGGAUGCGAUGAAACUGUUCGAGGAAAUGCAGGAGAGAGGAAUUGAGCCGAACGAAUUUACUUUGGUUAGUCUAUUAAAUGCGUCUGCCCACUUAGGAGCUCUGAAACAAGGGCAGUGGGUCCACGAGUACAUAAAGAAAGGUGGGGCUCAGCUAAAUGCAAUCAUUACCACCGCAAUAAUAGACAUGUAUUGCAGGUGUGGGAGCAUUGGGGAGGCAUAUCAAGUGUUUCAGGCAGCACGAAAGAAAGGACUAUCAUGUUGGAAUUCCAUGAUCUUAGGCCUCGCCAGGAAUGGUUAUGCAGAAGAAGCAAUUAUCUUGUUCUCUCAGCUCGAGUCAUCUGAUUUUAAGCCGGAUGAAGUCAGUUUCCUUGGUGUUCUAACGGCUUGUAAUCACGCUGGCUUUAUAGAUGAAGCCACAAAGUAUUUCCUGCUUAUGAUGGACAGACCUGAAGUUAAACCAUCAAUAAAGCAUUAUAGUUGCAUGGUCGAUCUGUUGGGACGUGCUGGUUUCCUCGAAGAAGCAGAAGAGCUGAUAAGAAGCAUGCCUAUGGACCCAGAUGCUAUUAUAUGGGGGUCUUUGUUAUCAGGCAGUGUGAAUCAUGGAAAGGCUGAUAUGGCCGAGUGGGCAGCAAAAAAUAUGAUCGAGCUGGACCCUGAUGAGAGCUGUGCAUAUGUACUCAUGUCCAAUGUUCUAGCUGGCUCAAAUCAGUAUGAAGAAUCACUGGGACCAAGAUUUUCCAUGAAGAUGAGGAAGAUAGAGAAAGAACCAGGAGCUAGUAUGAUUGAAAUUGAUGGGGAAGUUCAUGAAUUUGUAGCUGGUGGAAGACUACAUCCAAGAGUCGAAGAGAUCUACUGCUUGUUAGAUGAAUUAAGGCCGAUAUUGGAUGAUUCCAUAAUUAACAAGCUUAAUGUUCUGGGAAGUUCUUAGGGAAGUUACAUUAUGUAGACAUCAUCAAGAGGACAAUGGUCAUAUGCAGGAUUGAAAUCCCGAGUCCCGAUCUAGAAGAAGUUGACUGCAUCGGUUUCCUGGAUCAAAUUUUACACGUUUGAUGUCGGAUGCUGGAACUUCAAAUCAACAAUAGCAACAGAAUCUAGAAGUUGUGAGAAUAUCAGUUGGUGGAUGAGACAUUGUUCAAAAAAUCUUUGUCGGGUUAAAAUUGUGACGGAAGCUAUAGUAGGAGACCACAGACACGCAUUGUAGAGUGCCCUUCGAUGUACUCGGUGGUCUCGUACGGACAUUGCCUUAGAGGGGAUACGGGUCUUGGCCAUUUCUUAAUACGCUGAUCAGAGGAAGCUUUUUCAGCUUGCUCCUGCUGCAAUCUCUGUGCCAGUCAUAAAUUUCUCCAGUGUUGUACAUAAUUGAAGUC